UAGUUGAUAUUUAAAUGUAAUAAAAGGAGAUUUGACACACUAGCGUAUGAAGAGUUUACCUAAUAAAUUAAAGUAUAAUUCCGGGGAAUGGAUGCUUUAAGUAUAUUAAUAACAAUAGGUCUCAUUCACUGUUUGUUAUUCUUUUUUGACACAAUCUUUAAGACAUGUUCACAUUAUCCAUACAUUUACUUUUUGAAAAAUACUGGUAUAGAGGUUCAAAUAUUAAGAAUAAAAUGGUUCACAACAGCAUUUAAUCGUAGGAUAAGAAAAUGGGGAAUGACACGUUCCAAAUUUUGGAAUGCUUGGUUCAAUGCAGGAGUUAUUGUUACUAUUAUUCUUCUUCCCCUUGCAACACUUGGUAUUUUAAAGAGGACUUUCGAUAUAUGGAUGAAUGGGCCAUCACUUGAUAAUAAUAACUCUGAAUCUUUCUUAGAACCAAUGUUACCUGGUGUAAAUAUGCCCCUUAAUGAAUUUGGAUAUUAUGUUGUUACAUUAAUAUUUUGUUUCAUUACACACGAAUUAGGACAUGCAUUGGCUGCAGCAAGAGAAGGAGUUCAGUUAUAUGGUGUAGGAAUAGUGAUUGCUUUCAUAAUACCUAUAGCUUAUGUACGUAUAAGUAGUGAACAAUUUAGUUCAUUACCAUUAACAAAUCAGUUAAGAGUUAAUUGUGCUGGGAUUUGGCAUAAUGUAGUACUUGCAACAGUAGCUGCAACUAUUUUCAUGUUUUCCACAUGGUUAUGGGCACCAUUAUAUUUAUACGGUAAUGGAGUUUAUGUAAAGACUGUUUUACCUAAUUCGCCUUUAUUAAGUCCAACAGGACUUUUUGAAGAAGACAUAAUAUAUAAAAUAAAUGACUGUUACGUCAAACAUAACGAAGACUGGGGUGAUUGCAUCUUAAACACGAUAAACCAGCCUGCUCUUGGAUAUUGUGUUAAACAAUCAUUUAUUCAGGAAUAUGAUGAGUCAAUCCCAUCUAGACAAAAAACAGAUGGUGUUAUAAAUUGCUGUACACGUGAUAGUGAAUCUCGUGGAAGUUUAUGUUUUGAAUACAUAGAAGGGCCACAAGCUGCCCCUCUGCAUUUACCACCACACUCUUGUCUUCCAGUAAGAGUUAUGAUUAAUCAAUCACAAAAUUAUUGCCAUGCUAGUAAUGAAUGCAUAUUUCAUGACACUCAUUGUUUAAAGCCUUCUCUUGAUAAUGUUACUAAGAUUGUUCAAAUACAAAGAAGAGAAGGAAAGGAUGUUUUGUUUUUUGGGUAUCCAGCAGAUAUUUAUCAAACAGUUGAUGUAUCUGAUUGGCUACCUAAAUAUUCAUUUCUGAAUCCUAAAUUACCAGAGGCUGUAGUGAUUCUUUGCAAAUAUGUUACUAUCUUUUCAGCUGGUCUAGCAAUUUUGAAUGUUAUACCUUGUUUCUCUUUGGAUGGACAGUACAUUAUAGAUACGGUUGUACUUUAUUUUUUAAAUUUAACACGACAGAACAAACAUAUUAGACAAACGAUUGUAUUAACGGUAACAAGUAUAGGUACAUUACUUCUUGUUAUUAACUUCUUGUAUUCACUUGUGAAUAAAUUACGAUAA